CCAGUCUUAUGAAACAUCACAAUUAUCAAACUAUUUUGGAUCAUAUGCAAGGCUCUUAUGGAAGAAGUCCAUAAACUUCCAAUCAAUGUCCGAGAUAACUUCUUUCCUGCGGCUACCGAAAAUACGAAGAAAUUUAUCCAUUUUUGUCCGGACGGAUAUCAAACAUGCCUGUGGUGAUCAUUCUUUUUGGCUUGACAAGUGCAAAUUGAGGAACCAGAGUCAGCCGAAUUCUCCGGAUAUGCAAGAUUAUGUUGAAAAGAAAGCCGUGAUAGCCUUGACAUCUCGUCUGUACGAUGCAGGUCAGGACAGGACAGGUGUGCAGAUUUCCCCUCCGCCAAUUCAAGGUCAUGUAAGUAAGUACCUACCUACUCCGUACAUGGCGGUACUAUAGAUAGGUAUGAUGCAUUUCACAAUGUCAAUUGGACCAUUUCUGAUUUUCCUGACCUUCACCCACUCUUGAAUAACCUUCUUUGAUUGACCUUUAGAAAGGAAUCCAUGAACCUUGUGUUCUCCACAAUGUCACAAUCCACAACUUUAUUCAGCCUUAAGAAAAUCUAUAGUUUAUACACUUAAUCACGUGUCUAGUACCCGAUUCGUUAUCGUUGUUGGUCAAUUGCAUAAUGAAAGUUCUUAUCGUCUAAGCACUAUUGUGUUGGGUAAUUUCUCGACUUUUAAAUCAGACUACUUUCAUGAAUCCGACCAAGAGGUAGUUUGUAAACCUCUGCACAUCGAUCACGACGCUGUGAUGAGGAGGUCGAUUUGUCGAACACAAAUUGCGCAAGCUAUACAUAAUCAAUCUCGUCGUACUCUUGUACAUAGUUCACCCAGAUGGCACCCUGAAUUGGCAUAUUCCACAUCUGCGGAUGUCGAAUUACCACCAUUUCGAAAAGACACCCUUCCAUUCAAAUUCGAAACUGGGCUUGCGCUCUUUGCCAAACGAAAACCACGACCAUUUCCUCCUCCAUUUCUAUCCCCGCCAUCGGGAUCCUUCUCCGAUCCCUUGAGUACUCACCAUAGGAGUCGCGAUAGGAGACCUUCUGUGAACGGUGAGGUAAUUAGAGGUUAUACCAAUGGUGAUGAUGCGGUCUACUCUAGUGAUUACUUUAUUGGCGCAAAUGAUGGCGUUGGCGCCUGGUCAACUAGAGAAGGCGGCCAUGCAGGGUUUGUGGCUUCCCGAUAUGAGGAUUUGCUUUUGGAGGCUAAUAUUAAUACCAGUUUAUGGUCGAGGCUAGUAUUACAUUUUUGGGCUUUGGAAGUAGAAAACGACGCUCGGAAAUCUCGACCAGCAGGACAAUACUUCGAGCCGAAUCCUAUUGAGUAUCUGCAAAAAGCAUACGAACAAACUAUUCAAGCUACUGCGAGUCCGAAUAAAUGGCAGGGCACAACUACAGCUACCGGAGCACAAUUGCAUUAUAAAAUCGAUCAUUCAGACCCUAAUGCGCCCGCUACUCCCCUCCUAUAUGUUACCAACAUUGGCGAUUCACAAGUACUAGUCAUAAGACCGAAACAGCAGGAACGUAUAUUCAAAACGACAGAGCAAUGGCAUUGGUUUGACUGUCCUCGGCAACUCGGUACAAAUAGUCCUGAUACACCCGUCAAUAAUGCUGUCAUGGACAAGGUUGAGAUCGAGGAGGACGAUGUCGUUCUUGCCAUGUCUGAUGGCGUUAUUGACAAUCUAUGGGAGCAUGAAAUAAUUGAAAGUGUUGUAAGCAGUAUCCGCAGGUGGGAGCAAGGUGAGGGUGGUAUAAGUACUGGUGAUCGACAAGGUGGAGCUGGUGGUGGAAUGAGAUUUGUAGCGGAUGAACUCAUGAAAGCCGCGAAAGUAAUAGCACAGGAUCCCUUUGCGGAGAGCCCCUUCAUGGAGCAUGCUGUUGAGGAAGGUCUUGCUAUGGAAGGAGGUAAGUUGACAGAGACUUAUGACCAUGGCAUUUACUAACUCAGGGUUAGGCAAACUAGAUGAUAUAAGUGUAGUUGCAGCGCUGUGUAAACGGAGCAACGGGUGAAGUAAGGUCGCGGUACGGCUCAUUUGAGGUAUAUAAGAUAUGACCUCGGAACUAAAGUGAUUGGAAGCGUUCGUUUGAUAGCUUCCCGCGCCAAUAGGCAUAUAGAGACAAUAACAUUGUCAAGGAGGAGAACACGAAAGAGGCGAUCUUUCCUGAAGACCCUUCUCAUAAGUGAUUGAGAUGACAGGAGGUGGACAUAAUAACUUGCGAGGAAUCCAGGGCGUAAAGACCAUCUAUGUAAUGGGGAUUAUCUGGGUAGCAUAUAGACAUUUUUAAUAUUCAUACAAUAUCAAGCACAAACCUUGAAUUUACCAGCUAGAUGUGGUUCUAGACUUUCUGG